AAGUUCACGUGAAAAGCGAGGACCGGGAAAGACUUAGCAAGUGCGUGCACACGUUAAAGUAAUGUACUCCCCAUAAAUCACCUUAAUUCACAAGCCCCUUCGGAGCAGUGAUACAGUGGCCUGUGCUCCACGUUGACUUCGUAAACUCUCUCGCCUUGGCCGUUAUUUGACACCGGUGGCGGUAACUCUGUCAGUCACGUGGCCAGCGUUGGCAUGCCGUGGCGCACAUUAGUUCUGGCAAAGCGCAAUGCGUUUGCCAGAUGCCGCUCGUCUCACGGUGCCUGUCGUGGGUGGCUAACUAUAUCCAUCGCGGGGUUGCGCUUCUCUGACCGCGUCUCCCACCACGGCGCGCGUGUCAUCUCCGCGCGGGCAAUGGUAACAACGCUUUAGCUCCUGACCUUCAAAUUUUAAUUUGUGUAGACCACCAAAACUCAAGUUAGCAGUGGGCUGCAGUUAAAGAUUUGUGAAGUGAACAUGAUGGCCGCAAAAAUGAACCCGAAGAUGGAUACACGGCAUGGAAGAAACUCUGUCCCUGGAUUCUCUCGUGAAGUAAUGUCUCCUGACAGUUCUUACCAGGAAAACUUUUUGGAUGACAAGGAUCUUCGAGAAAUGACCGAAGGGUUCCAAGCAUGGACGAAGGACCCGGUGGCACAGCCGCACGUGCAGGUGGUCGUGUCGAGCCCGUCAUUCUCCAUGCUGAGCGCCCAGGGCAGAGACCGCGGCAUGUCCGUUCUGUGGGAGACGGCGCCAGGCCCUCGCUCCUCCUCACGCUGCUCCUGGACCUCGGGGUGCAGCACGUCCGGCGUGUACAGCCCACCGCCGCAGCUGGCGCCGCCACCACCGCCGUCACGGCCCCUGGCCGCGUCCCCCGGUCGCAUCAUCUUCAUCAUGAGCGGCAAAGAGGUGGUGCUGGGCCAGGACUGCGAGGGGCUCGCUCCACCGCCCCGAACCAUCGCCUCCACCGCCGCCGCUGCCUCGGGUUCACGGCGAGUGCCGGCAUCCGAGCCGGGCGAUCAGCCAUCGGAAGAUGAGACCGCCGCCGGCUGGUACGCUUCGGGCGUCUUGUCGGCGGACGAGGGCGUUGGCAUGUCGCAGGAGAGCGACCUGGAGCAGAGCGUCGGCCGCUUUGGUGCUCAGCGUCUGGCCGAAGAGUAUGGUAAUGGAGAUUUACUAGCCACGGCCGCCGCUGCCGCCAACGUGGGUCUUGCACGAGCCGAUCUGGUGGAGACGAAGAAGAUUGCCGACGAAAUGUCACUGCAAAAGGAUGUCUCUUUGGCUCAUGACUUAAGAGAUGCAACGCAACUGCAAAAAUCCACCUUGUCAGAAGCUUCCAUUGAGUCUGUUGGUGAGCUAGCUGCAGAUAGUCACGUGACUCCCGAAACACUGGUGGCAGGAGAUUGUGGCGCGUUGGGUGAUGGUGACGAAGUUUUUAGUGGGUUCACUAAAAUAAUGGAGGGCAGUGUUGCAGCGAUUCUUUCAUCUGAACCACUUAGUAUCGAGAGCGCUUUCAAAUCACCCGACGAGGUUAAAGAUAACACACCGUCAGAAAAUGCCAGCGUUCAUGAAAUUCAAGAGAUCACCAGUGCGACCACUCUUGACACUGCCGUGCCAAGAGAUGGGCUGAUUGACAAUGAAAAUAAAGUCGGCAGCCUUUCAUUGGACAAAGGUCAACAGGGAGAGGCUAAAGAUGACAUCAAGACUGAGGAGACAGUGAAGCAAGGUGCAGUGGUAGGAAUUUCAACAACCGUGACUGCAUCAGAUCUGCCUGCUUUGCGUGCUGAUGAAUUCCUCCCUGCAGACAUGGAUAAUGCCAAGGCGGCCGAUUCAGUGUCACAAAUACCAAGUGGGGCUUCUACUGAAUGUGUAGAAUCGGCGGUUGAAACUCCAAGCGUGCCAUCUGUAUCACAAGCAACAGCUGUGUGCAUCACAGCAGACGUCACGGUGAUUGAGGAUGGUAAAGAUGAAUCAGUGGAUAGUGUGUCCAAUAUAUCUCACGACGUAGCUGCAUCUGUUGCUCUUAAUGCACCUAAAAUUAACGUUAAGCAAGCCAAUUCUGAAGGUGUUCUUGAAGUUCCUUGUUUACAACAGUUAGCUAAAACAGCUGCUAGAGAAAAACAAGAACACGGUGUCUCUGAAGUGGCUCCACAGGGUGCACGUGAUGCAAUAUGCCGAGGAGCCUUCGGCGUUAACGAAAACGUUGACGAUUGGGAAAGAAUCGCAGCGGCUAGCGACCAAGAGAGGGGGAGCGCAGACACCAAUAUCCUGACCAGCGACAGACAUCCAGCUGAUGAAAUAACAGGUGGCGGUGUGAAAAGACCCGAUGACAGCCAACGGGGCUUUGACGCUACGCCUGACAGCCACGACCCCCCUGUGACAACCAGUAGCACUGACGCUCAAGCAAUCUACGGUGCUGAUGAUAGCGAAGGUCUUGAGAAAAGUAAAGAACCCAUGGCAGACCAAGCUGAGGUAAUUUCAGGAGAAAUCACUCCUAGGCAGACUGAGCAUACGGCGCCGCUGUGCUAUGAAGAAUCUGUUUAUCCACUGGAAAAUAUUUCAGGGGAACACGCUGUCUCGAAAGAUAACGCUGCGGGUACAUUUGCAACUCUUAAGGAAUCUGAGGUGGAAAUUUCAAAGCAAAUGACCACAGCUCAAUUGGCACAGCAGGCAGUGAAGCCAUUUGAGGAUAUGGGGACACACGUUUCUGCCGAACGUGGGGAGCAACUUGAAGCAAGUGACAUACCUUCCAAUGAACCGGUCACAAGUGAGUGCAUUAAUGCAUCUGAGGCAACAUGGGGCGAGGGUAAUGCUGUGGGGAUGGACACUGCAAAAGAGACCGUCGCUGAAGUUGAAUAUUUCCAUGAUAUCACUGGCCAGGUGAAGGUGGAGGUGGAGCAGUCUGGAGAUAUUUUGCCAAAAGAGGGUGUAGCAGCAGGCAAGUUAUCUGGCAAAGAACUGUACGGAGGUGUUAUCACCGAGGGGCACGAUGCGCCUAUUGCAGGUGACAGACCAGAACACGUAAUCAGCAUGCCAAUGUUUGAGAAGUCAAUUGAUAGAGAAGAAGCUCAUCUAGAGGCUGAUAUUAUGAGAUCACAUGGAUUCCCUGUCUCCAUACAACAGGACACACAGAUGGAGUCACUGACAGAGAAGCCGACAGAUGGCGUUUCUGAGAUCUCUACUCAGUUUGACAACAGUCUACAAGAAGGAACACCUCAACCAUGGGACGGUGGGGAAGAUUACACUCAGAUUUUUGAACCCAUACAAGCUGAGACCUCCGCAGUCGAUGUAGAUGGUCAAACACAAGGAGAAGGAUGCAGACCUGUGUCUUCUGAACCGUUUGUAACGCAGGUGUCUGAUGAUGUGGCUGUCCCUAGUGACCUGAUGGAUGCUGGCCAACUUGAAUUGCCAGUGUUUGUCUCUGCGUUACACGAGGAGGAAAUUCCUGAUGGAGUUAUUAAAAUGAAGCCCUCCGAUGCUGUUGAGAGUGAAGUGUGUGCCUCAUUGAAAGAGGAUGUCCCUGAGUGUACAAACGCAGUCUUUAUAGAACUUGCAACAGAAUUGAUGGAAGAGCCUCACAUGUUGGGUCAUGACACAAUGGGGACAUUGAAAGAACAUAUCAAUGACAAUGUUGAUGAAGAAAAACGUGUAGAUUUGCAGAUGAAAGAGCCUAUAGAUAUAUUGGAUCAAAUAUAUGUGGGCACAUUUAAAGAAGGCAUCUUGGAUGAUGCUGACAAAGUUCUGAAAGAUAUUGUUACGGAGUCUGCAGAAGGUUUAGAGGAACGUGAGUCCUUGUCCUUAGGUGCCUUGGAUGAAGAGGAAAUUGGAAGACCUGACGAGUAUGUUGACGAAGUAACGAUUACAGAAAUAGAAAAUGUGUAUGAAGGUGAACCCGCUGAGGUCAUGGACUAUGAAUCAAUAGGAGCAUUUAAAAGGAGUAUUGCAGAGGGCGAUAUAGAAGAAAUAAAACCAUUUGUGAUAGAACCUGCGGAGGAUUUAGACGAAUUUGAGAUGCUAGCUGGCUUGGGUCAAGAAAAUAUUAAAGAGCAUGCCCCUGGUGGGGACGUUGGUAAAGAUGGAAAGAUAAUCAUUACAGAACUUACGGCAGAGCUCGAGGGAGCUGAGGCGUUCGAUGAAUUGGAUCAUGACAACAUUGGAAGACUCAGACAGCAUGCUUCUGCAAACGUGGAAGAAGAGAAAAAAGCAUUCGUCACAGAGCCUGCCGGAGACAUCGAGGAAGUUGAAUGCAUAGAUGUCUUGGAUCAAGAAAAUAUUGGGAACACUAAGGAGCAUGUCACUGUUGGUGUUGAUAAAGAGAUAAAAAUUACCUUCACCGAAUUUGCAGAAGAUUUAUACGGAGGUGAACAUUUCGAUAUCUCGGAUUACGAAUCAAUUGAAGCAUUUAAAGAUGACGGCCCCGAGAGUGCCGAAUGUGUCUUGGAUCCAGAAUGCAUGCAAGCAUUCGAAGGCCUGGCACCCGAGAACGUUAACGAACACGUGCAUAUAGUCAGCGCUGGACUUCCGGAAGACCUGGGGAAAGAAGAGCCCACUGAAGUCAUGGAUCAAGAAGAAACACAUGCAUUUAGGCCAAAUGACGAUGAAAUGUUUGAUCAAGAGAUGAACGAAGGUGUCACAGAUUUUCUGGAUGCAGAAGAAGGUUCAUUUGAAGGUAGAAUGGAUGAGAUCCACCUUGAGCUGGAUAGAGAGGCCAGCUUGGGAUCAGAGGUUCAAUCCGAGGAAGGCAUUGACUUUGAAGUGUGGAAGGCGCAAAGAGGAUUAGGGGACUUUGCGGAACUGUAUGAGAAUGACAUUUCCCUGGAGGCUGGAGAAUCCAUUGAGGACCCGGAUGCCUCGCUAAUAUCAGUGGAGGACGAGGACUUUGACGACGCCAUGGACAAGGAGGUUGAGGAGUACAUGGACGCGGAGGACUUUGACAUCGCCGCGAUGCUUGCCGAGCUCGAGUCUGGCUCUGAGGCCGAGAGGAAGUUGAAGCAUCCCGACGUGUACUGCAUCACGUGCAAGAAGCCCAUCCCGGCGCUCGAUAAACUCUUCGGAGAUCACAAACACCACAGGGUGACCGCUCUUAAGACGGCCGUGAGACUGAUCAAGGCGGUGCUGAAGGAGAACACCAAGAUCCUAAUGGAACGGAGCAAUGAUGUCGUGGACCUUCAGAAACUGCUGUAUGAGAUCUCAGAUUCCUUAGAGGAGAACUUCAGCGAGCAGGAGCAGGCGAUGCAGGAGGAGUUCGACACGCUCAUGAGGGUGCUGUCGGACCGCUACGCCGAGCUGUGCACGCCCCUUGAGGAGGAGAAGAAGGCCAAGCUGGAGGCGCUCUACGAGCAGCUGGUGCAGUGCAGGUGCAGCCUGGAGAGCACGCGCGCUCUCAUCGCCGAGGCCCAGGCGCUGGAUCCCGUCGCCGACCCCCUGGGCUUCCUCGCGUCUGCAGAAGAUCUGAAAGCCAGGCUGGAUCUUGCAUUAACAGAAGGGCAAGUCGAGCAGUUUCAACCUAGCGCAUCAGCGGAGUUCCAGAACGCGAUGCCGGACCUAUCUCACGAGAAAAGCAUUCUGGAUGAGAGCCGCUGCCUGAGCGUGCCGUCCCCGCCCACGAUCCGGCCCCAGGAGCCGUCCGGAACCACCAGCAGCUCCGUGCUGGUGCAGUGGACGGCGGAGCCGGACGACACCGUGGACCACUACAAUGUCUUCUACCUGGCGGAGGACGACUUCCAGUGCGAGGACACCGACACGGUGAACGUGAGGCAGGAGGCACGAGAGGACUUCUGCCUCAUCGAGGACCUGGAGCCCAACACCUUCUACGUCUUCUGGGUAUCGGCCGUCAACACAGCAGGCGCCAGCCCACCCAGCGACUGCGUCACCUACUGCACCGUGCCCGAGCCGCCGAUCAUCCUGGUAGAGGAGUGCACGGCAUGCAUGGACGCAGCCACGAUCCGAUGGGACUCGGGCAACUUGACCGCCGUGGAGUCGUACUCGCUGGAGCACUGCAUGCAGGCGGAAGGAGACGUAGACGACGACACCUCCGAGAGCCACAUCACCAGGUGCAUCUCGGGGAUCCGGGACUGCGAGUGGGUCGUGAGGCUGCAGCCGGGUCAGACGUAUGCCCUGUACGUACGUGCGGUCAACUCGGCGGGGCCCAGCCAAAGGUCCGACCCAGUCCUCAUCCGAACCAAAGGGACCCAAUUCCUGCUGAGGAAGGAGUCCGCUCACCCAAGACUAAUCAUCUCCGAGGAUGGAGCUGUCAUCGAGUAUGACGGGCGAGAGGAUGAGUAUCUGGACCCCAACCCGAACCGAUUCUCCAGGUGCAUGGCGGUGCUGGGGGAGCUGACUCCGUCGCGCGGCCGCCACUACUGGGAGGUGAGCGUGGGCGAGUGCGAGGGCUACCGCAUCGGUGUGGCGUACCCCGACACGCCGCGCGACGGCCUGCUGGGCCAGAACGACUCCUCCUGGUGCAUGCGACUCAUCUGCACACCUGCCAGGCACAAGUACGAGUUCCUGCACGCCAGCCGCACGCCCGACAUCCGCACGACCCUCGUGCCGGCCCGGAUCGGGGUGCUGCUCGACUUUGACGCGGGGCGUCUGGCGUUCUUCGACGCCGAGCGAGGGCAGCUCCUCUUCAGCUUCCGGCAGCGUCUGCAGGGUCUCCUGCAGCCGGCCUUCGCGCUCGAUCAACCGGGCAUGCUCGUCCUGCACACGGGCCUGGCACCGCCCGCCGGCCUCGCCUACUGCUGAGUUUCUUCGGUGCUUGGGGUGCCGGUGACGCAUGUAGGGCUGCCACCUUUUCCCUGGGGUUAUAUUUUUAUUCUGGGAUCGUCCCGUUUUUUGAGGGAGCUGUCCAGGCAGGAGGGUAACUGGUGUGUGGUAGGGGGGCGGAGGGGGGGUGCCUUGGCCCACCCCCCCCUCCCCACUGGUGGCCAAAGUUACGAGUUGGGGCCCCAUUGACAACCACGAUGAGACAACAGUGUUAAAGAACAAAACACGUGUGUGAUGACGUCAUUAGGCAAGAGGAUCCGCGAUAUAUAGCCUAGGUACGACCGUGCGAGACAAAUACAAUAUUGGGGCCCCACCCGACGGACUGCCACACUCCCCUGAGCUGAUAAUGUAGUUACUUUCGCCACUGUGUCCUGGGAAAUCUCUUAAGCCUUCUCAGGACAUUGAAUGUCGUGGUUUUGUCAGUUGCGUAAUGAUACACCACUCAAGACAACGCAUGUACGUCAAGUUUCUCCCUUUUUUCAGUAUUGUGAGAUAUUCUUCCUCCCGUGAUAUGUCUCGGUUUGUUUUGUACCUCAGAGGUGACAACCCUGGUGGCACUAUACUUUUACAGUUGGCGAGUUUGGGUCAUUCAGCCACGCCAUCUACAGAGGCCCGGAUCAAUCUCCAGAAACCAAGUAUGGCACAUAAACCGGUUAAAGUCUAGCCUUUCCCUUUUGCUGUCCCUGCCAACUCUGCUCCUGCAACCAUCAUGGUCAUUGGCUGUCAAGAAUAGCUCCUUGCCUUUGCUGCACGUCCUGUCCCUGGGAUGCAUUUCAUAUAACUGCAUCCCUGUUGGGGUGGGAAAAUAGAAUCCGCUAUUCUUACUCAGACAGUUUGGCUUUAGAAAUACUGUCUUUCAACAUGAUGUAAUCCGACUCUAUUCAGACGUUUAUCAGCCUCACUCUCCAAAUAAAAUCUGUUUUCAUUACUGGCUGAUUUGUGUUAUCCAGACUAAAGUCUCUGCUUAGCAACUGUGAUAUAAAAUAUGCAGGUGACUCGUUGAUAAUUGGGAAGUGGAGGCAACAUGUAAUAUUAAUAUUGCACCAGUGCAGGGAAGAAGCAUAGAUUUGUUUUUGUAUUAUUCAUCCGGUGGAAGAAGCUCUAAUCAAGCCAUUGUGUUUGCAUUUCAUAUAUUCAAUGAAUCCAUGAGCAUGUAUUAUCCAAGACAAUAAAACCCCAAGCUUCUGUUGUUGUUGUCAUUAAUGCCGCCACCAUUUGCCAACAGCAGAAUCGUUUAUGAUGGGAGCCACAGAACUCACUUUGCUGGUAAACACCGGCAAUUGUCUACGUUGCCGGUGUGAGCUCACCCGUGAUUAAUCGCGCAGAUAUUGCUCACUCUGUAGCAUAUGGGAACCUAAGAAGCCAUUUUGCAUGGCUGCGGAGAGCUAGGUGCGUUUUUUUGUUAUGACGAUUAUGAUUAUUAUUGUGAGUGAAUGCAACGGUGAUCAGGGUUUGGACCCAGAGCCACACGUGCACAGCAGCCAUUUUGCAUAGCUGCAGAGAGCUAGGUGCGUUUUUUUGUUAUGACGAUUAUUAUUAUUGUGAGUGAAUGCAACGGUGAUCAGGGUUUGGACCCAGAGCCACACGUGCACAGCACAGUGCGAGGCAUGUCCCCAAUUUAGAUUUGGAUGGACUUGGUGCCGAGGAAUUGAGAUGCGGUGCUAUGACGUGGAGGGUUUUUCUGAUCGCGAUUGCAGAUAUGGGGGUUUGCCCUUCUCAAGAGGACUUUUGGAAUAAAAUGUUGCUGUUUCGCAACCCCCCCCCCCCCCCACUGGUGUGAAGCUGUUGUGGAGUCGCCCACUUCUCCCGAGGACAGAACGCAACACAGAAUCUCUGCUCAUCGUCUCCGAACUUUAUCAUUAUUAAUGUCGUCUAAUUAGCCGAUCUGUAUCCCCCCCCCUCGGGAGGAGAGGGGACAGGCCGACAGGGCGAACUGGCUACAUCUAUCAACUUUGGUGGGCACAGCCUCCAUUCUCCUCCGCUGAAAAACUCCACUUUGCAUAUGAUUUCCACCUUGUCCUGGUUUGCCCAGGAUUGUCCUCUGCUAAAUCUGUACAUUUCUGUUGGACAAUUACAAGGCCUGGUUUUGUUGUGUAUCAGUACAACACUCAAAACAUAUAUAUGUAGUCCCCCCGCCCCUCUUCCUGUAUUGUGAAUUACUAUUCUUUCCAUGAUAUGUUACAGUUUUUUUUUUUGUACUGCAGAGGCGGCAAUGCGGAAUUCGUUUCGGCAGACCCACGGCCAAACAGAACGGUGCUGCUGGGUACCUUUCAAGAGGCACCCAAUCGAGAGCAGUGCAGAGGUCAGAGGGCAGAUACCAUAUAGGGCAGCGUAUGCCUUUCCUUUGAGCCCAGCUCUGCAGCUGUGCCACUUUUUUCUAUGCACCGUUUUAUUUAGGCAGCAAAGCCUCCCUGGGUCUUAAAGAUGCAGGUUUUUGCCCGGUUUACGCGGGUUCGGUUGGUGCAAUUUUGCGUAUACGCGGCUAACCUAAAAUUCGCUAUAUGCGGUUUUACUCCACUGAAAUUCGGACAUGCGGUCGGACGUGCAACAACAUCGCGUGUGUACUGUGUGCGCGACUCGGCAGGCAGCUGUCUUGUGUGGUUUUACAUUGUGCGCCCUCUUUUUGGAAAGCAUCUACCGCGUAAAGCGAGGGACACCUAUGUUUUAACAAGGGCCCCACGUUCGAUGUUUUCACACUUCCAGAGUACUCGUUAUGCGUGGAAUAAAACUGGAGUACCUGGAAAGUGUCACUUAUAGGGGUUAUUACGUUUAAAAAAAAAGUCUGUACACCCAGGUGAGUAACCUACUUGCAUCACUGCCUUGUCGAGGCUAACUCAGAUACACUUCAGUUGGGUGGCUAAGGACACGGUGAUAUUUGUGUGAUACAUCAACCCAGCCUCUAAAUAUUGCCAUUUGAGGCUUUGGCUACCAUUCACCACCACGUCUAUCAGCAUGAGAAUUAGAUUACACAGUUGCAUAAGCACCAACAUUACAAGUGUAGGUUUUUAUUUUACCGUUGCGCACAAUAUGCUGCAUUUUUAUUUUGAAACAAUAUUUUUUGCGAGUAGUCGUCUGUGUAUUUGCUUUGCAUUAAUAUUGCACAGAAAAGCUUUUGUGGAAUUAAAGUACUUUAGCGAUCGCAUUGCAUCAAAAAUGCAAGCCACUUUUCUCCCGUGCGUCAGAGCGUAUUGGUGGCCACCGUGUCUAAUGGCAUCGUGUGAGUCGGAUAAAAUAUAUUUUUUAAAGAAUGCUUUCAAAGUCUAUUUUCGGCGAUGACGGCAGCGACACGUUUAUGGGCUUAGUUUAAUGGAUCUUGUGUGCCUCUGUCACAGUGACCUGAGUGAGUACUUUGUUCUGUGCUUAUGAUAAAUGUAUCGGUGUAUAGACAUUUUGCCGGUGUAGUUGCUGGACGGGCGCGGCGGGGGGGGGGGUCCAAAGCUUUUUAGAAUUCAAGAGUGAAUGUUGUACCAACUGAUUUGUUGGUCUUGGCUUUAAUUCCCAGCUUGACUGCUCAUCAACACAACACUCUGAACCAGGGGGUGGCGAUGGACGCCUUUCAUCCGGUACCGUAGAGCUGGGGUUGGUGUAUCACGUGACAAAUCACAAGCGUUACCCCACUUGCUGGGCAGCGACGUUGCCUCCAGGAGGCAAGUCCAGCAAGUAGGCUGCUUAUCUCUACGUGCUGAUUUUGAGUCGUUAUCUCCACACAUGUGCGGCCUUUCUCGGUGGUACUCCUGUGGGGGGGGGCGGGGGGUUAUUUUUUUUUUGCCACGGACAAAUAUCACUCGAUGGUGAAUCUCUUACAAACGUAACGAGAAAACCUCCUUAAAAAAUGCAACGAGACUCAGUUUGAUGCUUCGCCGAGCGAAUACACAACCGUUGCUAUCGCAUUAACAGCGUUGGCCGUAUUCAAAAAUAAACCUGUACUAUUUAGCGAG